AUGGCAGAGAAGAGACCUGUAAAGAGCAAAGAUAAAACGGCAGUUGGGCGCGCCAAGGAUUCCCCUGAUCAGACGGGCAUGCACUCAUAUGCACGUAAACAUGGUACCAAUACAUCUCUCAUAACCCUGCCUGAAUCUGAGCCUAGUACUCCGGACUCUAAGAGAAGCCGACCUGAACCCACACUUGGGGAGGUACAAGAUAAUAUCGUCAAGAUAUUGGUGGAAAAGAUGAAAAAUGAGGAGGCUUGUCAACAGCACAUCGAUGUCAGCCACAGGGUUGGUGGGAAGAACGCGGAAAAAACUCGACCAGUUAUCAUCAGGUUUGUUGCCAGGUCAAUAAGAGAUCUCAUUUGGAAGAAUGCUAGAGGAUCGGAAUAUCUGAAAUCUAGGAAGUUCCGGUUUGGAGAGGACCUGACGACAAAAGACAAGGAUAUGGAGGCUCGGAACAAACUGUGGCCUCAAAUUGAUGCUGCACAUAAAAAAGGAAAAAGAGCCUUUUAUGCGGGAGCUAAAGCAAUAAUUGAUGGAAAAGAGACUUGUCAGAGACUCCAGGAUGAAACGGCAAGGCUAGCUGAACUAAAAACAGAGUUACUUUGCAGAGGUAAAGUGGCGUCACAGUGGCUUUCUGAUGUGAAGGAAUGGGCAGCUGGCGAGACACCAGAUACAUCUAAUGCCAGUCGAGGCGCCACACACAGAGGACUUCAGCAGUCAAUUGAAGGGCUUUACCUUAGUGUGAGGCAGCGGAAGCAAACCCUUUACCGUCAGAAUGACAGCAGCAAGUUUCGCCACCGCCUUCAAAGGAAGCUGGCAGAAGACAAAAAGCUCCUUCUUCAGGAGAUUGAGAAAUACAAUGGUCUUGUACUAGACUCUGCCAGUAACAUUGAUGUAGCUGUGGUGGAGCAUUCCCUGACUGGAGAGAGCACUGUGUCUCAAAUAUGGCCGUGGGAGGUUCAUGGCAGUGCAAACAUUUUAAUCAAGAAACAACUGCAUGACCAAGUGAUGUUGACAAUGCGACUGCAAGAGGAAAAAAGCAUUUUGGUGUUGGAGAUGGCACAACACUGCACAUGGUUGCAGAGCCUGGCAGUGGUUCUCAAGAACAAGAUAGCUGAGGAGGAUGUAGACAAGGGAAAUGAGGGACUUUGCUGUCUCUUAAGAAGAAGACUGUCAGAUGUGUCAGAAAGGUUGCAAGUGUCCUCCAACAGUACAAGACUGCUUUAGGCCCUGAGGCCUCUGCCCUUCUACAUGUUGAAGCAGAAGAUCAAAGUGGCCUCAGUAGUCCAGACACCAGUGAGGAUGAAGAAGAAAACACUAUUUAGAUGGAAGCUGCACAAAGGACUGUGUUGAAGGAAAUGGACUUGCCCAGUAUCUGUGUAUUUUCCGAUACUACACUGAUUGAUUAACCACAUCAAAAUCUGAAUGCAUUCUAUAUUGUUGAAAAUAAGCCUGUAUCUGUAGAUUGCCAAGCAAUUUAUUAAGCACAUGAAUGUUUCUUGAAGAUGCAUAAACCUUAGUAUAGGAAAGGAAGGAAAAGAAAAGAAGAGACUCCCAUUGAUUGCGGUGACCCUGUGACCUUUCCUAUAGUGUAAAACUCAAGGCUAAACUUUUGACAAUGACUAUUGGGCAGAUUGCCAUGAAAUCUGGUAAGCAAAUUCAUGAAGAUGACUUUGGUGACCUCAUGCUGUUAUUUCUAUCACCACAUUUAGGCUGAAAUGUAAAAGUUAUUUCUUCAUUACUUGCAUUUUCCCCAGAUUCUUAUUCUGCAGUGCAUCAGCAGCAGAGGGUCUGUGCCUUUUUUUUCCAGAGGGGUGUUGUAGGAUAUAGGGGUAUGGGGUAUGGGGGUGGAGGUAUUAUAGGGGUAUGAGUGUGUAAUAGGAUAUAACUCUUGUGUAACUUUAUAUUACCACACCAUUGAAGUAAAAUUGAAAAUUGAAGUAAAAAAGUAAAAAAAAAAAAAAAAAAAAAAAGGAAUUUUUUUUUCUUAAAGAUUAUUUUUUAAAUAAUUUUAAAUGGUCACUGUCCGUUUUGUCCUUACACAGUUAAAAAAUUUUAUUAGUUCUGCUGAAGUUAAGACCAUAAGUCAGUUCUAAUUAUGAUUUUUUUUUUUUUGAUUUUUAUGAUGGCUUCAUGUGACAAUGUAACUUUUUUUUAGCCAAACGAUCAAACGAUUAAUCAAGAUUAUUUGCAUACACGCAUAAGUAACAUAUUUCUCUUAAAUAUAUACAUUAAUUUGUGCAUAUUUAUAUAUACAUAAUAAUUACACACACACACACACACAUAUUAGCCAAACUUAAACUUUUAUUUUGUAUGUGAUUAAAAGUGUGAUUAAUCGUUUGACAGCACUACUUUUUUUUUUUUUUUUUUUUUUUUUUUUUUUUUUUUUAAAGAUUUUAUUGAAUAAAUAAUUGCUGCAUAUUUCAAAGUCAGGUCCUGUGCUGCUCUGUGUAAUGCCCUUAGUGUGGAAGCCUGCUGAUAGAAAAAUGAAUUUGCAUUUUUAAUAAACCUGUCUGGAUUUAGUUUAGACCAAAUAAAAAAAUCUACAAAUAUUUUUAUUCCGCAAACACACAGUUGUAAAUGGGAACUGGUAGAUCGACAGCUCAUGCUAAUGUGUUAUAAGAAUCGAAAUAAUAAACUGAUAUGAAUAAAUAAUAAAAAUAUGAAUAAUAAUAUUUUGUUACUAAAUUAAUAUAAAUGAUUGACAAUAAUCGUUUCAAUAUGACAAGUGAUACUUUUGACUCAUUUUAGAAGUUUAUCAUUCUACAAAACUUUUGGUUUUAGUGAAAACCUG